AUAAUUAGUCAAUCUGCUUACUUAUUUCGAAUGUCAUCGUGACGUAACCGCCAAAAACUACGCUACGGCAGAUGCGAUUGAUGGUGCUUUUGGCAUCAACUAUUGUUCAAAUUAUAGAAGUAACAAAUUACAUAAUAAUUCUGCCAGACAGACUUAAGCUUGGGCAAGAAUAUAUUCCUCUGUCUGGCAAAUAAUGGCAAUGUUUACACCUCGUAGGUAGCCAAGAGCCUAUAUAGCGCAUAGUCACGCAUAGCACACUGUGUCAACGGGCACACAGCAAACAGCAGUACAGCACCAUUUACGCACAGAACAUUCGUGCUCUCUGGCUAAGCGUCAUGCUAUGCGUGUGAGUAAAAGCAUAAAAGCAAGUGAAAAUACUGCCAGCUAAAAUUUUGUGAUUUGGCAACAGUGUAGCCGGGAUGUCAAUUGAAAUCUUGUCAGUGAUUUUGUUAUUCCCAAAAAUUUAGGUUUUAAAUGAAUCAGUGAUGGUGCACACAUAUUGAAGAAUGUCUGACAGUCCAAAGGAAGUUGGUGACCAGCGUGAAUCCCUGAGUGCCUUUGUAGAUAGAGGAGACAAGCUGUCAGCAUAUGAUAAAAUAUUGGGAAGAGGAGUCCUGGUUGCUCCAUCAGAGCAGCAGUAUGAGGUUCUACUCAAUAGAAUGAAGCAACAGCUGGGUGAGGGAAGAGGUGAAGUCAUUUUGGAGAUUGGAUUAGCUGAUGAUGGGGGAGAAAAUGGUCUUCUGGAUGACGAAAUGGAAGCAGCUGUGGCUACACUACAGUCACUGGCAAACACUUUAGAAUGCAGUUGUGUUAAAUUAAGAGAACGCAACGAGAAUCGUGGUAUGGUCGCACAGUAUCUAAUUCGCCGAGUUCUUGAUGCUUGUGACUUCCUAGAAAUCCGAGUGGCUGUAGUAGGUAAUGUAGAUGCAGGAAAAUCUACCCUGUUAGGUGUUUUGACUCAUGGAGAACUUGACAAUGGCAGAGGGCAUGCUAGACAAAGACUUUUCAGGCACAAGCAUGAAAUGGAAUCAGGAAGGACAAGCUCUGUAGGGAACGACAUCUUGGGAUUUGACGAAGAAGGGAAUGUUGUGAAUAAGCCCGAACACGGGUCUCUAGACUGGGUUAAAAUAUGCGAGAAAAGCUCAAAAGUCAUCACGUUCAUAGAUCUUGCUGGACAUGAGAGAUAUCUAAAGACGACAGUUUUUGGAAUGACUGGACAUGCGCCUGAUUUUGGUAUGCUUAUGGUGGGUGCAAAUGCUGGUAUUAUAGGUAUGACAAAAGAACAUCUGGGACUUGCACUAGCACUUUCAGUACCAGUCUUUGUAGUGGUUACAAAGAUCGAUAUGUGUCCUGCAAAUGUCCUUCAAGAUAAUCUAAAAAUGCUGGUUCGCAUUCUAAAAUCACCUGGAUGCAGGAAAGUUCCCGUAAUGGUGAAAACGCAAGACGAUGUUGUUUUAAGUGCCACCAACUUUGUUUCUGAAAGAUUAUGUCCAAUAUUCCAAGUCUCGAACGUAACAGGCGAGAAUCUGGGUCUGCUGAAAAUAUUCUUGAAUCUUCUAACUACCAGAGUGGAGUACCAUGAGAACGAACCCGCUGAAUUCCAGAUCGAUGACACCUAUUCUGUCCCGGGAGUAGGAACAGUAGUUUCAGGCACAACACUCAAAGGAGUGAUCAGGCUCAAUGAUACUCUGAUGUUAGGGCCUGACCCACUUGGACACUUCCAACAAAUCGCUGUGAAGAGUAUUCACAGGAAGAGGAUGGCCGUGAAAGAAGUCAGGGCGGGGCAGACCGCAAGUUUUGCACUCAAGAAGAUUAAACGCUCUCAGAUACGAAAAGGCAUGGUGAUGGUUUCGCCGGCCUUGAAUCCUCAAGCCUGUUGGGAGUUUGAAGGAGAAAUUUUGGUUCUACAUCAUCCUACUACUAUUAGUUCGAGAUAUCAGGCUAUGGUUCAUUGCGGAAGCAUCAGACAAACGGCAAGCAUAGUCAGUAUGUCAAAGGAAUGUUUAAGAACAGGAGACAAGGCUCUAAUCCACUUCAGGUUUAUAAAGCACCCAGAGUAUAUGACUGCCGGUCAAAGGAUGGUUUUCAGAGAGACGAAUGUCACACGUUCAGUAGUAAUUAUCGUAACACAGUAAAUACUGAUCGUAUGACAUUCGCCUCACUUUUUUCAGGGUCGAACGAAAGCUGUCGGGAAUAUUGUACGAGUUAUAGCGCAAAGCACACCAAUUCAUCAAAAUAGCAGGGCAAAACAAAAUAAGCAGCAGAGAUAUGGUUCAGGUCAGUCACAAAGGAACCAGGCAGUCAAGAAUGAAAAUGUAAGUUGUUGAAUAAAAUAAGCUCUUAAUUGAAGUUCCACUAGCAACAGCAAUGCUGAAUGACGUAAGCUGCAGUGUCAGCGUAGCUAGAGGCUGCCCUUAGAGCCGAGUUCUGUUACCCCUACUGUGGUGCCUCGUGGUGGACGAACUCCUCGUUAGGCUCAGCAGUGCAGGUGUCUACGUGCAAGCCUAUUUCUGAUGAUUUAAGCAUAGUAGUUAGGAUUCGUUUUUGUAGAACAGUCGUUGAAAUUAUGCAGGGCGCACUGCGCUCUGUGGAAUCGUGAUGUAGAGAAGUCGAUCUUUCUGUCAAUGCUGGAAAGACCGAGCUGAUCCUAUUCACUAGGAGAAGAAGGCUCGAUGGGCUUGUCUUGCCGACCUUCUUUAAGGCAGGAUUAGUCCCAUCUGAAUCAGUAAAAUAUCUGAGAAUUAUCCUGUCAAGGGGCAUACUGCCAUCUUAGGCGAACUGCAAAGGGAGGACGCCGUCCUUCUAGAGAGGGAUGAACUUAACUACCCCUAAAUAUCGCUUCAACCGCAAGUUUAAUGUGGAGUAUCCAACGAGGGAGGAGUGGGACGCCGGUAGCAAGAGACUCUCCGGAGUGAGCGGGCAGGUCUGGUACGCGGACGACUCGGUAACCGAAGAGGGUUCUGGCGCCUCUAGAACUAGGCUAUCUCUGCCACUCGGUGGAGGGUGGGCCUAGGAGAAGAAUAACAAUAUUAUCCGACAGCCAGGAUGCAAUGAAGGCACUAAGUGCUUGUAAGAUUUCUUCGAGCCUUGUAUUGCAAUGCAGGGAGGAUCUGGAUUGUCCCGCAGCGAGGCAGCCGGUAUCGUUAAUGUGGGUACCGGGGCACGCUGGUAUAAGGGGCAAUGAAGCGGCGGACGCUCUGGCGAAGACAGGAUCAGCCAGCAAGCUCGUUGGUACUGAGCCACCUUUAGUAAUGCCCGCGCAAAGAGUUAGGAGAAAAAUGGAGACGUGGAUAGCAAGACAACACUCUCAGAAAUGGAGAAGUACCUAACUCCAGACAUCUCUGUCAGGCACGGAAACUCAUUGUAGGGCCCAGUGCUAAGAAUGGACUUUUCUGCUGUUCUCUGGAUAGAGCCAACCUAAUGUUGCUGGUGGGACUGUUGUCUGGCCAUAACACUUUAAGGCACCACCCUGCGGGGUAGAGGAAGAGACCUCGGCGCACGUUCUGUGUCGCUGUGAAGCUCUGAGCUACUACAGGCAGACUACACUGGAGUCCAUUACUUUGGACCCCCAGGACGUCAAGAAGCAACUCGGACUCAAGGCCUUGAGAUCUAAGGAAUGUAGAGGUGCAUAAGGGCCCGUUUAAGCGGCCUAUGCACUGGCUCCUUAUCGUGGCCGGAAUGCCUUUAAUUUCACGAUUCAUUAAUUCCACAACCUUGUCUGUCGAACGAUAUGCUGCGAGGUCUUGGUACGGAAUCCUAUUAUGCUUUUUUAAAUAUGCGCAUUAUCCGCCGAUUGAUUAACAAAAACCAGGGAACUUGAGAAGGAAAACGCACGCAUGUGAACAUUCGUUUUUAUCCGUUAUACAACUGCAAGCCUUUUUGAACUUUGAUCAUUAUUUGCGUUUGUAUUUUUUCAAAUGUCUGUUUAUGCGUUAUACAACAAUAUUCUAUUUAUAGAAUCCUGAAAACUUGCAAAAUAU